AUGAAGAAUUCAAAAUAAUUAUGGUUCAUGUGGAGUCAAUCUUAAAAUUUAAGUUAGAAAUAUGAAAUGGAAACAAAAAAAGUAUAACUAAAUUAAUCAAGGUUCUUGGGUCUGGAAAAUUUGGUUAAGUUAUAAAAGUUAAAGAAAGAUAAUCAAAAAUUUAUAAAGCUAUACGUACUAUUCCAAAGGCUAAAGUAAAACAUAAAGAAAAAUUGAAAUCAGACAUUAACUAACUCAAAAAUAUUGUAAAAAAUUAUUGCAUUAUCAUAAGAAUCAUGAGAAUGUAAUUAAAAUAUAUGAACUAUAUGAAGAUGAUAGAAAUCUACAUAUAGUCAUUGAGUAUUUUUAAUAAAUUUAAUCUAGUUAAGUCAUUGCGAAGGUGGUUCAUUGUUUGAAAAAAUUUUGGAGAAAUAUGUACUUUCAGCAGAUGAAGCUCGUUAAUUAUUCUUAUAAAUGAUACAAGCUAUAAAUGUUUGUCAUAAAUAUGCAUUAUGUCAUAGAGAUUUAAGAGUAAUAUAAUUGAAAUUAUAUUAGCCUGAAUCUUUUUUAUAUGUAGAACGUAAAGCAGAAGAUAUGAAGAUUAAGGCAGUUGAUUUUGGUUUUUAAUUACUCUAUGUAGAUGAUUACAUUAAAAAACAAAAUGGAAUUGUUGUAGAAUCCUCAAGAUCUGGAAAAGUAAUAUAUUUUAUUUAUUGUAAGUUGUAUUUUACAGCCCCAGAAAUUUUUGAAGGGAGACUAACAGAAAAAUGUGAUAUAUGGGCAGUUGGUGUAAUAUUACAUGUUUUAUUGACUGGUGAAUUACCAUUUAAUGGAUAAACUGAUGCUGAAAUUUACAAACAAAUUUAAAAUUAUGAAAUAACUUUAAAAGUUGAAAAACCUGUUGCAGAUCUAUUGUCUAAAAUUUUAAUUGAUCCUUAUAAAAGAAUUACAAUCUUUGAGAUAUUGAAACAUCCUUGGAUUUAAACACCAAUUGAUAAAACUAUAUUCUUAAAUCCAAAUUUCAAAUAAAUGAAAGAAUUAUCAAAUCAAAACCAUUUAUUAAGAGUAUAUACUAAAAUUAAUUUAUACUUAGAUUAUGAUGAAUUUUUUAUCUGAAUAAUUAUAAAAGGAUUCUUUAGAAAAAUUAAAGAAAAUAUUUGAAGAUUUGGAUGUUAAUUCAUAAGGAUUUAUUUCAGUUUCAUCAAUUAAAGAAACUUUAAAAGAUUAACCAGAAUAUGAAGAAAUCAAUUUAAUUUUAGAGCAUUCUGAUAUUCAGAAUGAUAAAAUUAAUUAUCAUAGUAAAUAAAUAUUUGACUUAAAAUUAGAUUUUAUUAAUUAAAUCUAUGAAAAAAGAUUAUUUUUAAAAGAGGAGAAAUGUUAUUUGGCAUUUAAAUAAUUUGAUUUAAAUAAUACAGGUAAAAUUACAGUAGACAAUCUUUAAAAUGUAUUAAAAUCUGUUGAUUAAUUUAAAUAUAUUUCAAAACAAUUUUGUGAAAGUUUAAUAAAAGAAGUUGACAAAAAUAAUGAUGGAGAAAUAGACUAUGUAGAAUUUAUUGAUAUGUUUUGUAAAAAAAUCUGA